UUAUUAGCGGCCUGUUUUUCUCACAGGAUCCGAGAGCCUAAACCGCUUUCCCUUGAAGAAAGCGAAAGGCGAACUAAGCUUUUGAAACAGUGGGCCGCCUAUAAGCAACGACAGGACCUGGCCGAGAUGGACACCAUAAAACGUCUCGUUGCUGCCCAGGAACAGGCUUUAAGGGAAUUGCGCCUGGAGUCGGAAGAGCUGUAUCAGGCAGCCAUUCUGCGGGACGAUUGCUUGUUCCCUUUCGACAGGCAAGAACCCCUGCACACCCCUCCUCAGGCUACGUACGAAGCCCCUGAAGGAAAAUGCAACGAUCUCACAAGAACAUACACAUAUUGAUUUUGGGUUGUGGGAAGAGCGACACCACCAGCCAGCGUAAACGUGCUAAAUUAUGUCCUGCCUGACCACUGGCUAGAUCUCAAGCACCCAUCCAGUGUAGCUGUUUGAUAAACCUACCAUUGAGACACAUAGAUCAUACAGGAGUCAGUG